CGUUAUGUGAGACGCGGGGGUGUAGCGUGUGGCGGCAGUUCCAUGCGAACGUGGGAGGCGUCAGUUGUUUCGCCAUGGAGGGAUGAUCCACAAUACGAUUGUUCGUUGGCGAAGUUCUCACGCUGCCCUUUCGUUGACACUGCUAACGAGUGUCAGUGCUACAAGAACAUACGUGAUGUCACGGCUGCUUCACGACACAACCCUCAAGAUCGAGAACGUCCGCGUCCUGCGCGAUGGGGUGCUCGUGAAUACGUUUCUCUGGGUCGAAAACGGCAAGAUCAUGGACCCUCAAGCUCGGUACUGGAAGGCGACGUCAUCCCUCGAGUACGGUCCGGGCACGGUUGUCGAUGGCAAAGGUAUGAUCGUAGCGCCGGGCUUCAUCGAUAUUCAGCUCAACGGUGCGUUCGGACACGACUUCUCCGACAUCGAUUGCACACCCGAACAAAUCCUUGAAGUCCGCCAGAAGCUCCUGGCGACGGGGGUGACCGCGUUUUGCCCGACCGUCAUUUCGUCGGCGCAAGACUCAUACGCCAAGGUCUUGCACAAGUUUGAGCGCACCAACGACGGUCAUGUCGUCCACGGGGCCAACAUGGUCGGUCUCCACUUGGAAGGGCCAUUCAUCAACAAACAACGCAAAGGGGCACACAAGGAAGACGUCCUGGUCGACCCGGAAGAAGGCAUCAAGAGUUUGGAAGAACGCUACGGCGCCCAGUUCCUCACGCGGGACCGUGUUGCCCUCGUGACACUUGCGCCGGAAUUGAAGGGCGCCCUUCCUGCCAUUGCCGAGCUCAAGCAGCGCGGCAUCACCGUCUCAGCUGGCCACUCGUCGGCCAACAUUGAACAAGCCAUAGCUGGCGUAAACGCAGGCGUGUCCAUGCUCACGCACCUGUUCAACGCGAUGGCGUCAUUUCACCACCGCGACCCUGGUCUUGUCGGGUUGCUCGGGGUGACGGAGCACCGUCCGUACUAUGGAUUGAUUUUGGACGGCAUCCAUUCGCACCAUUCGUCGUGCCGCAUCGCUCAAUCGUCGCACCCGCAAGGUCUGAUCUUGGUGACAGACUGCAUGGCCGGGAUGGGGCUGCCAGACGGGUCGUACGAGCUCGCCGGCCUUCAGGUGGAUGUCAAGGGCGGCCGCGCGUACUUGCAAAACACGACCACGAUCGCUGGCAGCGUCGUUCAGAUGGACUCGUGCAUCCGCACGUUGAUCGAAUUCACCGAUUGCUCGGUUGAGUACGCCCUGAUGGCGGCGACGCUCCAUCCCGCUCAGUCGCUUGGGCUGACGACGAAGGGCACUCUCAACUUUGGUGCAGACGCCGACUUUGUGCUGCUCAACGACAAGCUGCAAGUGAUUCAAACGUACAUCGCCGGCACGCUGGUGUACGAGCGCCCCGAGUCGGACGACGUCGUUCUACCGACAAUCAAAAAGUUGCUGCGGGACUUCCCCGUUGCAAUGACUCACUUUGAUUUUGACGACGACAGGGCGAUGGACAAGGCCGCUGCAUCCGGCCAGCUCGUUCUCGUCCAGCAGAUGCACGAGCAAGGCCGCCGAUGCACGGUCCACGCGAUGGACGGUGCUGCCGCCAACGGCCACUUGGACGUCGUCAAGUUUCUUCAUACGGCCCGCAACGAAGGCUGCACGACGAACGCGAUCGACGUCGCCGCAUCAAACGGUCACGUCGACAUUGUCCAUUUUUUGACGGAGAACCGAACGGAAGGACGAACCAACUACGCGUGGAAAGCUGCCAACGAACACGGCCACCACGACGUGAUCGCGUACUUGCUCCAGCACGGCCAAAACGACUGAGUGUCUCUGUGAACACGAUGGAUCGUCCUGCGUGGUGUAUAUAUUUGAAUUAACCUGCAUCGACUUUUUUUGCGUGGCUGGCACAGACCUGCCGACGUCAUGUUGAUCGACAAAGGCACACGCGAUUGCAAACCCGGCUCGUAGACGAAGG